CGGGUUCGUACAUAAUUACCUACCGUGCCUACCAAGCCGUGCUACCUUGCUGAGUACCUUACCCAGUACAUCUGAUUUCCUGACGUAAGCAAGAUCCCCAAAUGCCUGUUCCGAGACCCCAGAGUCCCAGACAGCCUGACAGAAAGAAAGAGAGGCUGUCGCCUGCAACAGAUCUGCACGCAACCAGUAAACGUCUUCGACGCCAUCCCGCCUCGCCUUGCAUUCCAUGACAUUGUCAGAUUGUAUCACUGGUUCCUGAAUUCGACGAUUUCUCGCUGCUCCCAGAUUCCACAACGAACCACAAGAUCAUUCCUCGCAUUGGACCCCUUGCCGACUUCGUGUGCAGUUCGCAUACUUUGACCCAACUGAAGACCUCCAAGUCGUUUGCGAUUACACAAACAUCCCAGACACACAGGACCUCGCUGCGCUCCAACCCUGCGCCGUUCGCGAAUCGGUUGAACCAGCAUUUGUACUGUCGAAACGUGGCAACGUCUCCUAUUUCGAUAUCGCGCUGAGGGAAGCACUCAGCCUGGGGAAACCCCCUUCCCCUACCGACGCCAGCAACCUUUCAGGGACCCCACGUCGCCCUCAUCUACGUCACGGCCCUCUCGCACGCCCGUCACCAUGUUCUGUUUAAGGAGCUGGCUUCCCCUCCUCUUCAUCCCGACCAACGCCUCGCCGGCCUUCAUCUUCCUCUUCUUUAUCUGCACCUAUUUCCUCAACAGGCCCUGCGUCUACUGCAGCUUUCUGCUGUUGAUCCUCUUCCUCACCUCGUGCAACUGGUCCGACCGCUGCUUCUUCGACUUUAGCAGCAACUGGUUCCAACCCCGCCCGCCUUCUUCUCUUCCGCUCCCCGAGCUCGAUCCGAACACCAGCUUCAACGCCUCCGUGGUGGAAGUCAUCAACUCCACAGCCAGCGCCCUCGCCGGAGCCGCGGCAGAAGAGCUCGCGCGGCAGAGACAGGAAUGGACGGGCUUGGGCAUCGAGUGGUUGCGUAGUCUGCUGGGCCGGAGGGAAUGGCGGGUUGACUGCCUAGACAUCAACAUCCGCUUGUAGGCCAUGUCGCCGGCAGACUGCGUGGGGGAAUGAGAGUUCAUGAGUAACGACUGUUUGCGAGAUUGGGAAAAGACGGCACGAUAAUAGGGCAGGAAAUCGGACACGCGGGAUACCACGAUAGUCUUUGGGUGCAUUCCAGGGCGUUUUUAUAUUGUACAUGGUGCGUGAGGUGCCAUGUCGAGUAGAGCACCGAACAUAUUGGACACUACUCUUUCGAUGGGUUGCUUUUCCCCUAUAGAACAGAACGUCUGUGCUCCGUAGGGUCAUUCCUUUAAGCACUGG